CUCUCUCUUUCUUCUUCUCUUUUUCAUUCACUUUACUCAUCAGCAAAUGUAGAAAUCAGAGCCCUUGAUUGCCCCAUAAAUUCAAAGGCUUUUUUUUCUCUUUUUGUUGGAAGAAGGGCUUUGGAUAUUGUUCGUUUCUUCUGCGACAUGAGCAGAGAAAAAGAGGCGCCGGAGCCUCUGGAUUUCUUUAUUUGGACUGUUGAGGAUGUUGGCCUGUGGUUGGAAGAAAUAAAUCUUGGUAACUAUCGUGAAAUAUUCAAAGAAAAUGGGGUGAAUGGAGAGUAUUUGGAAGGGAUGUCAAUGUUUACAACUGAACAGAUCCUCCGGUUCAUACGGAAGUGCCACAUGAAAUGGGGGGAUUUUAUAACAUUGUGCAAGGAGCUGAGGCGAAUAAAAGUGGCCUGCUUGAAAGGGGAGCAAAAGGUACGACGACCAUGGUGGGCACCGGCUUGUCUGUCGGUGGUGUUCGUGAAGGCUGCGAAACGCAACAGGCAGUCUCGGGUGGUGUCGUUGAAGCUGGAACCUUGAUGUAGAUAUGCUCGUGUGUAUAUGCUUGUACCAUUAAAUUUUGGGCAUUGUUGGGAGCUGGUUCUUCUAUGGAGAGCCCCUCUUGCUUUGUCAAAGUUUUCUUCUUUUUGUUUGGGAUUUGUCAAAGAAACUGACAUAUAUAUAUAAUAUAUAGACCAUCUUGUUUGCUUCU